GAAUUUGAAUCACAAAAAUAAAAACAUACAGGGAAGAAAUUGGUGGAAAAUUGGAAUACAAGUUGGAAAUCUAUCUCCAAGCUUUUUAGGUUUCUCCGCAGUUCAGACAAAAAUUGCCAUAGCAGAUUUUGUCUUAUCCAUCUCAGAACCAUCUUCCAUUCUCCCAAACCGUAACGUGUGGUGAAGCAGUAGUGGCAAGGAGAACAUUUCUUUGCAUUAGACCUUGAUGGCUGCUUCGGCUUCGCAUGUUGUGCUUCUAGGAGAUGUUUGUUUGGAUGACGUCACUGCUAAGCCUUGCGGUGUUCACUUCAGAGACACAACACUUAGUAAAGGAGGGUUGAGAGCGAGCGUGAAUCUCAGAAGACCACAAACGUUAAGGGGUGUUUUGAAUUUUGGGUGUUCUACAAGUUGGAGGCAUUGGAAUACGAGUUCGCUUCUUCAGCCCAAGAAUACGUCCUUCGCUUGCUUCUCCUCUGGGGCCGCGCGUGAUGUUCAAAACCUUGCAACCUCAACCUUUUCAGUCCACCAAACGAAUGUUGGUGGCGAGAGGUUGAAGCUGUUUUCAGGGGCAUGUUACCUUCCGCAUCCGGAUAAGGAGGACACGGGUGGAGAGGAUGCGCAUUUUAUUUGCACAGAGGAACAAGUAAUUGGUGUUGCAGAUGGUGUAGGUGGCUGGGCAGAUGUUGGUGUUAAUGCUGGAGUGUUUGCUCGAGAACUUAUGUCCUAUUCUGUCAAAGCAAUUGAAGAAGAGCCCAAAGGUUCUAUUAAUCCAGCAAGGGUCUUAGAGAAGGCUCACUCAUGUACUAAGGCCAAGGGUUCAUCAACUGCUUGUAUUAUUGCCCUUACAGAUGCGGGACUACAUGCCAUUAAUUUGGGUGACAGUGGGUUCAUUGUGGUUAGAGAUGGAAGCACCAUUUUCAGGUCACCUGUUCAGCAGCAUGGCUUCAAUUUUACUUAUCAAUUGGAGAGUGGCAAUGGAGGUGAUCUACCAAGCUCUGGUGAGGUCUUUACAAUACCUGUUGCCCCAGGGGAUGUCGUCAUCGCUGGAACAGAUGGAUUGUUUGACAAUCUGUACAACAAUGAGGUUGCUGAAAUUGUUCUACAGGCAGUUAGCGCUGGACUAGAACCUCAAAUAACUGCACAGCAGAUAGCAGCAUUGGCUCGUCAGCGAGCACUGGACAGGAAUAGGCAGACACCAUUUUCUACUGCUGCUCAGGAGGCUGGGUACCAUUUUUAUGGGGGCAAGCUUGAUGACAUAACAGUUGUUGUGUCAUACAUAACCAGCUCAACAUGUGCAUAUGAAGAGCAUCUAUGCCAACGGAUAUAGCUUGUAUCAUAGCUGGAUGGAUGGUUUAUUGGUGGACAAUAGGCAUGGAGUGGGAGAUCAAAGGGACACCUUAUUUGUUGUGUUAUUUUCCCGUUGAUAACCUUUAAUCAUACUAAACAAUAUUAAUUUUUAUGAUGCUCCUUAAGGGAUUUAGUUUAUCUAAAGGGAGGGAUUUACUUUAGAGAGUAACUAGUAUGACUGCAUUGAUAAAUGUGUUAUACUUGAUAAAUUAUCCAUACUAUGCACUGGGUAAAUUAACGGUUGAUUUGAUUAGAUAAUUAACGGUUAAGGUCUAUGAUAUAUUUUUGAUAUACACUUUUUAUUUCAAAAUAAAUUUUAACGUUAACAGAUUG